AUGGGGAGAGGAAAGAUUGUGAUUCGAAAGAUCGAUAACAUAACAAGCAGGCAAGUGACUUUCUCAAAACGAAGGAACGGAUUGAUUAAGAAAGCCAAGGAGCUUUCAAUUCUUUGUGAUGCUGAAGUUGGUCUUAUCGUCUUCUCUAGCACCGACAAGCUUUAUGAGUUCUCGAGUACCAGCAUGAACUCUUUGCUGGAGCGAUACGAUACAUCAAAGGAGGAGAAUUCAUUGCUGAAUGCAACUACUGAGGCAAAGUUUUGGAAAAGGGAAGCAGCAACCUUUAAGCAUCAAUUUCAAAACUUGCAAGAAGGCCAUCGGAAAAUGAUGGGUCAAGAGCUGUGCAGUUUGAGCGCUAAGGAGCUACAAAAUUUGGAAAAUCAAUUGGAAAUGAGUUUGCGUGGUGUCCGUAUGCAAAAGGUCUAA